AUGGCUUCUUGUGGCUUUCCUGACAUAUUUUCCUGGAUUCAGAGCCUUCCACCAGUCACUCAAUGGCCAACAACUUCCAUGUCCAUAUCCAUAUGUUCCUUAAGUUCAUCCGAACCAUCUCUCAAACUCACCAUUUCUCAAAACCAUCAAACCCAAAAACUCUCUUUUGCAAUUGCUGCAGAUUUCAACCUCCCCAUAUUUCUUUGGACCUCAAAACAAUUCAAGUUCAGCCCCCAAUCCACCAAGCUAAUAUCUCAAGAAACUUUCUCCAGCCUCUUAAUCAAUUUCAUUGAAGAUGUGCUUCGUUAUGGCUCAAACAAUAACAAUUUCUUGAUCAAAUUUCUCAAACUAGAUUCCAUUGCCAACUUUGGAGAUGUUUUUAACCUCUCAUUUGUCAGUCUCCUCUUCCUUGUUUGCAUCUAUGAAGCACCUGCUGAUCUCCGAUCGGGAUGUCUUAACAUUCUCAAGAAUUACUUGGCAAAUUGUUGGUCAAGACAAGCAUCAAAGUCUCUCAUGAAAGUGUUAGGAUCCAAUUUAGAAGAGGAAUGGAUGAGGUCCAUAAAUCUUGCAAUUACCAAUUGGAUUGUAGAGCUCCAAGCCACCCAGCGCACCCUCGUGAAAACACCAUCUCCACUUUUCUCUUAUGCAUUUUCAACAUUUGGGUUAUGGAAAGUCCAAUUGUAUUGUCCUCUCAUAGCCAUGGACAUUGCAAAUUCCAGCAGCCCUUCUGUUGAUGAGAGACUGCAAUUCUCUUUAAAUUACCACCAGCUUGAGGGCGUGCUUCAAUUCAAUUCCAAGGUCAUAGUUCAAGAGAGGUGGAUUGAUGUGAUGCUAAACAUUGAUAACAUAAGGUGUGAUGUGAUCAGUCUUGUGAAUGAGAGACUGAUGAACGAACGAGGAGCCGGUGUAGCUGAAAAGCACUUCCCUUCAAGAAUUUCAUUACAAAUUACUCCAACCGUUCAAACCAAUGUGGUAAGUGUUUCAGUGGGCAAGUCUUCUGAGAACCCUGCAAGAGAGAUUGGCCACGAGAAAGGCAUAGAAGGCUCAUUUGAGCCCCCUAACCCUUACUUGGCACUCAAGGUAUCAGCAGGAGAGACCAUAACAAUGAGCUUGAAGCCAUGGAAAUUCGAGGAAUCGGUGUACGGCUAUAGCGCUAAAUUGAACUGGUUUCUUCAUGAUAGUGUGGAUGGAAGAGAGGCAUGGUUCAAAGACAGAUACUCCAGCGCUUAUAGGCCCUUCACAAGGCAAGGAGGGGUCAUUUUUGCUGGUGACGAAUAUGGGGAGGGUGUGUGGUGGAAGGUGGACAAAGCUGCCAUGGGAAGAACAAUGGAUUGGGAAAUUAGAGGGUGGGUUUGGUUAACUUAUUGGCCUAACAAACAUAAAACAUUUUAUACUGAGACUAGGAAGCUGGAAUUUAGAGAAAUCCUCAGCCUCACAAUUGCUUAA